AUGGAUCAUUUAGAUAAUUUGACCUAUUUUGGAACCUACACCCUGAUGGAACCAAAAGACUCUAAAUCAAAUAGACAUAUUUAUUUUGCAUGCUUUAUGUUUCUCUAUAUUCUGAUAUUAUUUCUUAACAUUUCACUUUGUGUAGUCAUUGUCUUUGAGAAAGCCCUUCAUGAACCAAUGUACAUUUUUUUGUGCAAUCUUUGUUUAAAUGGCGUAUGUGGAGCCACAGGAUUUUAUCCUAAAUUCCUGCAUGAUUUAAUACUGGAUUCAUAUGUGAUUCCUUCUUACAUGUGUGCUCUCCAAUCUUUUUUGAUCUACACUUCAGUUAAAUGUGAAUAUUCUACAUUAGCAGUGAUGGCAUAUGACAGACAUAUGGCCAUAUGUAGACCUUUAAACUAUCACUCAAAGCUGAACAGAUUUACUUGUAUCACAUUACUUAUCUUCUCUUGGACUGUCCCAUUAAUUACAACACUCAUUGCUCUGAUUUUAUCAAAUAGGUUGGUUUUGUGUAAAAAUCACAUUGAUAAAUUGUAUUGUGACAACUGGUCGAUGGUGAAGCUUUCAUGUGAAUCAACUGACACAAAUAACAUUUAUGGACUUAUAAGCAUUUCGUUUUAUUUUUGCAUUUUUGCUGUUAUUAUUGUAUCUUAUAUAAAACUCAUCAUUGCAUGUAAAGCAUCAUUAGAGUGCAGAAAGAAAUUUUGGCAGACCUGUGUGCCUCAUAUAUUUUCAUUAGUAAAUUUCAGUGUUGCGAUGCUUUUUGACACCAUGUACAACAGAUAUGGCUCAAGUGGUUUCCCAGAGGAUCUGCGUAAUUUUUUGGCUUUAGAAAUAAUUAUAGUGCCACCUAUUUUUAACCCUGUAAUAUAUGGCUUAAACCUUAAGGAGGUCCGCAAAAGAGUCUUGAAAUCAUGCAUUAAAACUCAUAAUCAUAAUUAUUAA